AUGACCCGACGCCGUACAAUAUUGGCCAUUCUGGCGGCGAGCGCGCACGCCCUACCCAAGGACGUCGUCCUCGCCGCCGCUGGAAGCAACGACGUCUGCCCGAGCAAGGAUCUCGUGGCGUGCUCCUCGUCGCUGCCCUCUGGCUUCUGCUGCCCGCAAAACGCGCAGUGCCAGGCGCUCGCCGGCAACACCACCGCGCUCUGCUGCCCCAACAGCAGCUCCUGCGACCGCAUCCAGCCCAUCGGCUGCGACGUGCGCCUGCAGGACCCCAAGAACCACGCCGAUGCCGUCGUCAUCACCUCCGUCUUUGACGUCGACCUCGAGGCCUGUGGCAAGGGGUGCUGCCCGUUUGGUUACACCUGCGACAACAGCCAGUGCGUCCUCGACAAGGACCAGUCCAAGAAGCCCGGCGCGGACGGCAAGUCGACGACGGCGACGGCGACGAGCAGCAGCAGCACGCCCUCGUCACCAUCUUCCGCCGUGACGACAACAACGACACCAGCAUCAUCACCAUCACACACCACGACCUCCGCGACAGCCACCCCGACGAGUAGCGACGGCGCCGCCGCCGCCGACCACGGCAUGAAGUCCAACACAAUGUCCAUCAUCGGUGGCGUCGCCGGCGGCGCCCUCGUCUGCCUCAUCCUCGUCAUCCUCGCCGUCCUCUACCUCCGCCGCCGCAAGCGCACCGCCUCCGCCUCCGCCGCCGCGCAGCCCGAAAAGUCGACCGGCUACCGCGCCGAACCGCCCUCCUCGACCGCUUCCGCCGCGACGCGCGGCCUCAACAUCUCCGAGCCCAUCGUCCAGCAGGAGUCCUCCUACCGCACCGACUUCAUGCUCAAGAGCCCGUCCGCCCUGUCCUCCAUCAGCAACCAGCCCGUCAACAGCCGCUGGAGCGGCUCCGGCAUCGCCGCGAGAGCCCGCAACCUCACGCCGUCGCGGCCGCCGCAGCCGAGCGGGCGGCACCUCUCCAUCCCGAACCCGUUCACCUCGCCGAACCCGUCGACGAGGUCGACGCGGCGCGAGUCCGCCGGCUCGUCGUGCGACGGCGGCGACGACGACCACAAUCUCAAGACGGGCCACGUCGUCAAUGGCCGCCUGGCGCCGAUCCGCGGCAUGCGCUCCAGCAAACGCGUCUCGCGGCGCACCGAGCCGCAGCACGUCCGGCGGGAUGCGAGCGAGGAGAGCAUCAACGUCUUUGCCGACGAAAACGCCGUGCCGCCCCUGCAGCAGCAGCAGCAGCAGCAGAGGGGCCGGAAUGUGCACGACGAGGCGCAGAAUCGCAUGACAACGUUUUCGGAUCUAAUGGAAAAGGCACAGUUGGGCGAUGUCAACCGUGGGAAGCGGUACGUGCCGGGCACGACGCCGCGCAUCUAA